CCGUAGUGUUGUGACGUCACUGCUAGUCUGAAAGUUGUUUUGGCGGGGUUCUUCAAAUACGACUGCUUUGUUUGGGAGUAGUUGUGAAAUUUACGAAUAUGGAGCGCGGAAGGAUGAGCCGAGCUGCGAGCAGUAGACCUUCGGACCUGCCGAUGCGAGUGCAAGACACCAACAGAAUGAGCAUGGUGUACACAACACCUCAGAGUAAACAGCCUUCUUUUGGAAAACUGAGCAUGGCAAAACCCUCAUCAGUGACUUCUGAAAGGAGGACCAGCUUCUUCGGUGCUCGGAGUAGUGGUGCAGGUAUGCCUCGCAAUAGCACCAUGUCAGGGUUUGGAGGAACUGAGAAGAUCAAGGAUGCUCGACCUCUCCAUGAUAAAUCAUUUGUUCAGCAGUGCAUCAGGCAGCUGCACGAGUUUCUGACAGAGCAAAAUUACCCGGGCACUCUGUCAACCAAGACCCUCCAGUCACCUUCCACCAAGGAGUUUGUAAAGAUGUUUGAGUUCAUUUACCGCCAACUUGACCCAACCUUUGAGAUGCCAAACUCCAAGGUGGAGGAGGAAGUUCCAGCCAUUCUGAAAGCCUUGAGGUAUCCAUUUGUUUUGUCCAAAUGUUCGAUGUAUUCAGUCGGAGCUCCUCAUACCUGGCCUCAGGCUUUGGUUGCUCUAAUGUGGCUUAUUGAUAAUGUGAAGAUCAACUGGAGCUUAAACAAGCAGGAGCUGCUGUUCAGUGACUUCUGUGAAGACGGCAACAAUAUUGAAGAGGGGCCUGAAUAUAACAAGCUUUUCCUGGACUACACCUCUGAAACAUACGCAAAGUUUAUGCAGUUUGAAGACUCAUUUGAUGAUGAAGAUGACGCCUUCCUCAACAAACUGAAAAAGCUUUAUAAUGUAGAUGAACCGCUGCUGGCCGCAAUGGAAGAGAAGCACCAAAUACUCAGUGCAGAAGUUGAGCGUCUGGAAAAGGAGAGUCAGACGGAUCGUCUCAUGACCAAAAGGAUGGAAAGGGUUAAACUGCAGGCAGAUCUUAAGAAACUCCAGAGUUAUCGCAGCAGCUUGGACACUUUUAUGACCAACCUGGAGAACAAAGACUCAGAACUGAAUGAUGAGCUGGAGAAUACUGUCAGCCACCUUGAAAGUCUGAAGCACGAGAGGAAUGAACUGCAAGUACUCUUGCAGAACCAGAAAUUUACUCCGGCUGAUGUGGAGAGGAUCAACAGAGAGAAGAGGGAGCUCCAGCAGACCAUCUCUAGCCUCAGUGAGUCUCUUGAAAAUGCUGAACAGCACAAGUGGAAUGAAGAGAUUGCUCUGGCCAAAUUAAAAGAGAAGGCGGAGCUGAAGCUGACAGAGUACCACAAGUUGGCUCGCAAACUCAAGCUGAUACCCCAGACGGCAGAAAACGCAUGUGGUCAUGAUUUUGAGAUACGGCUAUUUGAGAGUGGCAGCACAGUGCAGCAUAAAUCACAGAUACAGAUGCUUUUGAGGAAGCUGAUCAGUGAUGUGGAGGAAGAAAACAGUCGCUUAUCCAACCUUAAACUCAGCCUGGAGGAGUCUAACGAACAGGUGAAUUCAAACAUCAUGGACAAAUCCAAUGACUUAAAGCAGAUAAAAGAGCAGAUCCGCAAGCUGGAUGAGCGGCUGGAUUGUGACAUGCAGGAGCUGGCUCGAGAAGAGCAGGAGUGGGCAGCGGAGAUGGAAUCAGUGGAAAAUCACCGCAAACUUCUGCAGAAGAAAGUCAAUUUCGGUUAUGACGAGGCCGUGCAGCAACUGAAAGCAGCACAGCAGCAGUACCACCUGGUGCUGCAGGAGGCCAACGAGGAGCGGAGAACUGUUGCCAACAACUUGGCAUCCGUGUUUACCACAGCUGCCAACCACUUGUCAAUUACUGAAAAGUGUCUGGAGGACCUGCACAGCAGAGUGCAGCGCGUUUGCUUCAAGGCAGUUGAAGAAGAUGAGGCUGCUGUACAGAAGUUGUGGGAAACUCUGAAAACCUUUAAAUCCAAGGCAAACAGUUUAUAAAGAAACAGCAGAUUAAAAAAAACCAACAACAAAAAACUGUUGUUCUGUAUAUAAAGGGGCCAAAAAAAGAACACUGGAAGGGUGUUCAGUUUCCCCUUUUCUGUUUUUUUAUUUGCUUUUUUGUGAAGUAAAAAAAAAAAACCAAGAAAGGUUGUUAUUCAAUUGUUCAUUUAUUUUAGUUUGUUUGUUGAAAUGUAUUAUAUUUCCUUACACUUUCUAACUCUUUUUCUUGUGUUCAUAUAUUCCUGGUAAAACAGUUAAAUAGUCCCUUUUCUGUUUUUCAGGCUUUUGCUUUAAUGUAUUUGGAUUGUUUAAGCCGUUUUCUUAAUAACAUAAAAACGCAUUACAUUGCUUGCAUGUACACGCAUUACGUAAUAAAUGAAAAAGGUGUUAAGGUUAUUGACUGUCAUGUUUCCAUGUAGCCACAAGAUGGCAGCACAUUAAAACUGUUGGACGUCUCAGUUUGCAGCAAUAAAACUAAAUGUGAUUUGGCAAAAUACCUUUUAAGGCUAACAAAUAAAAUACAAUCUGCAGCAAACUACAUGCAUUUAGAGUACAAAAUAAGAUUAAAACGUAUUUAUUUCAAGACAUUUUAAAUGUCUGCACUGUCAAAUAUUUUAGUAGAUGUGUGGCUAAUAAAAAGUAAAAUGAUA